CAUUUUUUCUCUUCCGUCUCGUCUCGUCGUAACAUUCACGCGACAUUAGUCAUUCUAACGUGCCGGAAAACGCGAGUUCACCGAGACGUCGCGAAGUGUAUUGGUGGUUUGAGUAUCUUCCCCGGCAGAACAAGUGUAAGUGUAAAAUCAUUGAAUAUACACAUUUGCGAUCUGUUGGCAUGGCUCCGUUUGAGAAAUGUUUCGUGUCGUUCGCAACACUCGACCGAUGUGUUGAUAGAAAGAGACUGGAAUUAAUCUAAUAUCGGCGCAAAGUCUCAAUGAAUCGGCUCGCCAAAAGGCGGCGAAUUGGUCUUGAAAUAAGAAUGGCGCUGACGUCGAGCUUACGUUUUCACUACGGUGUGCUUUUAAACGAUCGUCGAAAUACUUUUCGCAUUAUGACAGAAAAAGGUGCGCGAUAACAUAAUUUGUCGGAAUAAUUUGAACAUUUUUCUCUCUCUUUCUCUCUCGAGCGUUCGGCGCACUUCGAAAUGCGGGAUAUUCAAUCGGGUGUGCGAGUUACGCUCAACGGAAUCGACGGUACAGCGCGAUAGAAACUCGCUACGGACGUAUCGAUACUAUCGAUCGCUUCGAGAAUCGCAAUCUUCGCAAGAUGGGCGACUUGUACGAGCGGUUGCCGCGCGAUUUUGGCGAGUCGAGGACGAGUGUUGCUCGUGAAUUCAUCGCCGGGUGUCUCGUCGUGAGUUACGCGUAUCCAUGGUAGUGAGAGUGUCGUUGAAUAAACGGUCGAACAGUGAAUAUCGCGCGUUAACGAUUCGUCGGGAGUGCCGAGUAGAAGUGUCGCGCGUUCGUGGCGAUUUUUGAGGUUCGAGUCGUUACUCUCCUUGGACAGAAGAAGAAAAAGUCACGACGCAGUCUUCGUCCACGAGAGUCUUCUCGCAGCGGCCGAGUAUUGUCAAACAGCCGUGGAGAGUGAAAUUCCGGUGGAACCAGCAGUCGGGAUUGCACCAAGCACAAAGUGUCGCGCGCAUCCGUUGCAUAAUGACAGUUCGAAGUUGAAACUCGCGGCUGCGUUCUACACUUGCGAUCUUCUGAAGGAGAAGUGGGUGCAUCCGUGAAGUGUCGCAGGCGGAGGAUUCAGGGGCCGGGAGAAUCUAGUGAGGACGCUGGACGUAGCGGCGACGAAAUGAAGCAUGCAGCAUGCGUGGUAGCGGUGUCACGGCUGCGCGGUCUUGCCUUCAACCCCUGGUGUCCGCCAGCCGCUAUCUCGCCGUACACGCCCUCCCCGGUGAUCCUCUCUACUUCGUCGUUGAGGCAAAGUCGAGAGUGAAGGAGGUUUACACGCAGACAUGCAUGCUUCUCAACCAACAGGGCAUGCGAGAUUGCGAACUCUUCGGCCUGGCAAUAUUGUCCGACGGCGAGUACCUCUUCGUGGAUCCCGAGAAUAAGCUGAGCAAGUACGCUCCGAAGAACUGGCGAAACUCUCAUACAUACGGUUUAGACAGCAGCGGGAGGCCAGCUUUCGUCCUCUACUUCCGAGUUCGUUACUACGUCGACACACCGUUACUCCUAAGCGAUGAGACGACGCGGCACCACUACUAUCUGCAACUGCGCGACAACGUCGUCAGGCAUGGUGGCGGGGUGGAGAGCCUUCAUCCUCACCAUCCCCUUCACGAACCAUCCAUCGUUACGCCUCUGCUCACGCUCGCUGGGCUCGCCCUUCAAGCCGAUCUUGGCGACUAUUCCGAAGAACGGCACAGACCACACGCAGGAUCUGUCGGCUACUGUAAACCCUCGGAUUACCUUCCUCCCCACAUGUGCCACGAGUCGAAUGUGCUCGCCGUGCUCGCGGCCCAGCACAGGGACAACAGUGGGCUCUCCAGGGAGGAGGCAGAGUUGCAGUACAUUCGGGAGGCGGUGCUGCUGGAGGCGCCGCUCAACGCUCACCUGUAUCGGUUGCGCCGAAGCAAGAACGAGCCGGGACCCGGACGUAUACUCCUGGCGAUAUGCGCUCGCGGGGUGCGAGUCUACGCCGAGGAGGAGACACCGCGCAUUUUCGCUUGGAACAAUAUCGGCAAACUCUGCUUCGACCGUAAAAAGUUCGAGAUCCGUGCAGUCGAUCAGCCGGAUAAGCUCACCCUCUACAGCGGCUGCGAUGACAAGAGCAAGCUUCUCUUGGGACUUUGCCGUGACACCCAUCAGUUUUCCAUGGCUAUAGCGCCUAGAGUGAACGAAGCCAAAAGGCGGGAGGAGGAAGAACGGAAAGUCCUAAGGGACUGUUACAUGUACCCCGCCCGAUGUAAACUGAACUUGACGACGCGCGGUGCACGCGGUGAUCAGCGGAUUUCCGUCAUCUCGAGCACAUCCUCCAACACGACGUCCGGUAUAGUGAGCGAUCGAGUGCACAGCGAAGACGAGCCCGACACCGCUCCGGCGUCGACCGAGUGUUUGCCGCGUCUUACCGAGACGCCGCCCUAUUCGGCCACUCAGGGUAGAGUUUUAAACGGCAACAAUACGGAUAAUCAUUCUAUGCCACCUUCUCCUGUUUCUAUCGUCGAUGGUCAAUUUUCAGAAGUGGAUGGCGCAGAUAAUACUCCCACGUCAGUGGCCUUGCGACUCGCGUCGAGUACUGCAAUGGCCGCCGAAGGUUCGCAGUGCAGCAGCAGCUGCAGCACUGUUGUCGUCGUGAAUACACCCGCGGGUGGACCGUCGCGAAUACGCCGUGCCUCGGCGACCUCCAGCUUGGAGCUGGGCUAUUCGCACACGGCACAAAACUCCGCAGUCUCCUCGGAGACCGCCAGCUUUCCAGGCGCCAUUUAUGACAGGUGCAAGAAAACCGGCAAGUAUGCAGGUACCGAUAUCGCAAGUGAGACUAGCGGCGUGUAUACACUGAGAAGCAGCGAGAUGCAGGACGAGAGAAUCGGCGACGACUUGUAUUCGCCUACGGGCGACACCAACGACUCCUCGGCGGCGAGCGACGUAUGCGGUCUGAGCUCGGUUCAGUCCACCACCGACGAGGCGUCCGUCACGUCCGGCUUCUACACUAUUCACAGCGGGCUGCGUUCGGAGAGCAGCGACGUAUACACCGAGGACGUCGGCACAGAGCCGGAUGAUCAGGAGCCGAUUUACAGCGUGUGCAAGGGCGACGACGACGGGGUUUCUUUGAGCCAGCAACUCGAGGAUUCGCGGUCGCGCAGCAACAGCAUACUCAGCGCAGGUAGCUUCCGCGGCGAUGGCAGCGAUCCGUCCAGUGUGCGACCGCUGUUGUCGGCUGACGAACUGUCGGAUCUGAUAGUAGGCAGAUAUCCACCGCGUAAAACCAUCAGCAGCUCGAUGGACUCGGACUGCGACUACGUGACUAUGCCGUUGCCGUUGCCACCGCCACCGCCGCCACCACCGCCGCCGCCCCGAACGGACAGCGACCGACAAAUGCUGCUGUUGCCGCCGCCGCCGCCGUAUCCGGUGAAUAUCGAGCCGUACGCGACGAUCAACAUUCCCAAGAGACCGAGUGUGCAGCUGGAGCUGGACCGCGAGCGGGAACGGGAACCGCCGCCACCGCCACCACCGUAUAACGCGGCACGCGGCGGCAAUGAUUUCGUGGUGCCGUUACCGCCCAGGCGAACCGAUCUGCCGCCGCCACCACCGCCGUACACCUCACCGCGAGAGAGGAUCCAGAUGCCGCCGCCCACACCGCCACGGAACGAUGCAGUGACGCCGCGGGAGCCACCGCCACCUCCGCCACCUUACCCUGAUGUUGUCGCGACGACGCAGGUCGGCCCGGUCGUCUCGAGGAUCGCGAAGACCAUCGCCGUGGACGUCGCGGCGACUACGACCGCGCCUAAACCACCACCCAGGAUACAACCACCUACUUAUCCCGGUGACAAGAUGAAGCCCACGCCGGUGCAUGCUCCGGUGGCCGCUCUUGUGGUAGGUCCGAACAAUUACUUGGACGUGCAUGCCUCACGAGGCGGUCCGGUGCUUCUGCCGUACUUGACAUCACCGCCACCACCGCCACCGCCACCUCCACCACCGAUGGUGCAUUCGAGGCAACCGCCACCGCCACCGCCGCCGUCUCAGCAGCAACAGCAGCCAGCGACUCCAGCAUCGACGCUGUCAUCCGCUUCCAGUCUGGCGACUGUUUACACAAGCCAGGUCGCCAGGUCGCAGAUAGAACAGUACAAGCAGCAAUUGUAUUCGGACGUCGAUUACGUCAUGUUCCCGCUCAAGGAUCCGGCUGUGUCUAAGCAAGAGUAUAUCGAUGCCAAGCAGGGCUCUCUCCUGGCAGCGAUGGCGGCCUACCCGCCGCCGCCGUAUCCGUCCUUCAGUAAGUCCUCGGUGAUGUAUCGCAGCACGCCUUACUUACCCGGUGCCUCUUUCUCCUCGCCCCCGUCCAAGUACGCGUCCAACCAGAAUCUGAGCAGCAGCGACGCCAGUUCCGCCGGCAACUAUCUGCUGCACAGCAACCUGAGCAGCCACUACGCCGCCAGUACCAGCUCGCUGUACAGCGGCACGACCUGCUCGUCCAUCGGCAGCCACAGCCACAGUCUCAGACGGGAACCACCCGCGCCGACUCACCCGCACACCCUGCAUGCGUUCUCGCGCACCAGGAGCGACGAGAACAUCCUCAAGUGCUUGGACACUCCGAUCUCUAGUAAGAUGCAGUCUCUGCCGCAGCCCAAACAUCGCAGGUUACCACCACCGCCACCGCCGCCGCCUUACGAAAUACAGAAUCUGGAGAUGAAUCAACCUUUGCCAUCGGCUUCCUCGGUGGGAGCGUCCACGUCGACGGCCGCUACGACAACGAACAAAUCGAGUAAAUCCAGCAACGGUACGGAAGAGAGCGAUGAGGGUAAGGACGACGGUAUGCUCGAUAUCCGGACGCUGCGGGAGAAGAGCCGGAAUCUGGACCUACCGUUGAUCUCCGCGCUGUGCAAUGAUCGGUACUUGCUGAAGCAGACCAAGGCUUUCGUCCUGCCGAAGCAUCCCAGUGAAUCGUCCACCACCUCCAGUGCCGCCGCCGCCACUAGUACGAAGAGCAGCGCGCGAAACGGCAACACGGCGACCUUCAGUAGGAACAAAUAUCCGGUAAGUGGACUGUCGACGACGCAGAUCCAGAAGCCACCCAGAAAGUCCUCGGCCAGCACGCACAAGCAUCCCUCUGAGGCGAAGGGCAACGCUUACAGGGUCAGCGCCUCCUCCACGGCGGUCUCGACGGCUAAGAAGGACUUUGCGAAAACGUCUCAUUCCUAACGCUCGCUCUUUAUCUCUCCCCCAUCUCAUUCUCUCGUCUAUCUAGAAAUUUGUAGCUCCGAGUAAAACGUACAUUCCACAAUCCCGACUUUAUCGUUGCGCGCGCGCGCGUUACCAUCUUGUCGGCCGACGUUUUGCAGAUAGAAACGAUGUUCUGGGAAAGGACGUGUCCCGAUGGUAAGUUACUUAAAUAUCGUUUCCGCAGAACCGUGCUUCUUCAACUCAGGGUGCCAUCUCGUUCGUUUAACGUUCUCUCUCCCGGUCACCGGAUACUCUCGAAAGCUCCAACGAAAUGUACAACUAUAGAUAAUCGUUCGUUCCAAGCGACGGAAGUACUCAAGCCGCCUGAAUCGCUCUCAUCGACGGUGACGAUGGAACGCGAAACACUUCAAUCCUUCGUUCUCUUUGUUCUUGCAACAUUGAUUCUGUUUUUUUCCUCUUCAAUUACCAUCUCUCGUGUAAAAAUAUUUAAGUACUUGAGCUUUAGUACUUUAGUACUUUGUGUAUUUAAAGUGUCUACUGCCUCUUGCUCAAUUGUACGGCUGGUGCGAUGGAAAUUCGAUUUGCAAGCCCCAAUAAAGGCGGCGCUA